UGAAAAUGGUUCCAAUCGUUUUUCCACCAUUCAUUUCUCCAUAGGGGAAUUUCAAACUACUUCAUAAGGUCUGGGUUUUGUGUAGGCUUAUCCCGGCAUGACGUUUUGAUAACCUCGCAAAUCUCUCUCGGACAAGGUAACUUUAAUCAGUAUAUUCUUAUGUAAUUACUCUCCAAAAAUAAAAUGCUAAUUAGCCGCUAAUGUGGCUAUCAUACAGAACUACACAUCCUGUUUCAAGCUUUGACGUAAUCACUCAAGGCGCAGGGUGGAAAGAACCUCCACAUUUCUCUAUGCAAACUCUCAUCCACAAGUAACCUAGCAAGUAGAUAUUACAGCCUUUCUAGUUUCUCGUGUAAAUAAGUGAUAUUGUGUAUUUCUUGUGUGUAUUCUUGUUUAGCAUUUUUCAAAUUACCUAGCUACCGUAGCAUUUUUUCAUUACUAGAAUUUUUUUAAUUACCCUGGCCUUUUUAGCUAACUAGCUAACCUUAGGUCUCUCCGUCGAUCAGAAGCAAGGAUGGUUCUGUGCUCUGUACCCGGAUUGUAACCAGUAACGUUACUUAGAUAAGAACACGUGUAUUUGAUCGUUUUCCGUCCUCUGAGUGAGAGGCAUCGCUGGAGCUGUGUGAUAAGGGAUUUGGGCCUUGCCUGGGAGCAACAUUACUUAUAUCCUUUGCGUCGGACUCAUUAAAGAACAAAUCUUCAUCCAGUUCGAGAUUGGUGGACCGGAAACCUAGUGGCAACAAUCAGGUCUGUAUCUGUCAUUUUCUGGUGGGAAAGAAAUGGCUCUGUAUUUACCAGAAAAGGUAGCUCAUCUUCCAAUGCAGAAGAGAAAGAUCCAGACUGUUGAUUGGGAAAAAAGAACAAACAAUGAGGCAUGAGGAUUGGGUGUUGAGGGACCACUUGUCACAUUGUCCAAGUCCAAAAGGAGUGCAUCCCUUGUGCCAUCUAGUGCACGGGCAUCCUUUGCCAGUGUGAUCCGAGUACAAGUGUCAAGUUGUAGAGACUACAACAGAUCGAGCCUGUGGACAGACAGACACGAGGAGUGACAUGCGUAACACCAGGCUCACCCCAUGAGAAGCAGUGCAUGAUCAACACCAUCCUCAGCAAGGAGAUCACGCUCUCUAACUCUGGGGGGAUUGGAUCCACACCCAGUCUCCUGGUUGGAUUGAAUGAUUCACCUUCUUCUGUAAUUCACCUGUGGGACCCAAAAGCUUUGACAUACGAGUAUGGUUAACAAAUAAUCUUCUCCUGUGUUUUGCUAAGGUUCUACUGGGAUUUCACCAUGCUGAUGUUCAUGGUGGGCAACCUCAUCAUCAUCCCCGUGGGGAUCACCUUCUUCAAGGACGAGACCACCGCACCCUGGAUCAUCUUCAACGUGGUCUCUGACACCUUCUUCCUCAUGGACCUGGUCCUCAACUUCCGCACAGGCAUCGUUUUAGAGGACAAUACUGAGAUCAUCCUGGACCCCAAGAAGAUCAAGAGGACAUACCUGAAGACCUGGUUUUUGGUGGACUUUAUCUCCUCCAUCCCUGUGGAUUAUAUCUUCUUGAUCGUGGAGAAGGGGAUCGACUCUGAGGUGUAUAAAACAGCCAGAGCCCUGAGGAUCGUGCGCUUUACCAAGAUCCUCAGUCUGCUGAGGCUGCUCAGGCUGUCCAGGCUAAUUCGCUAUGUCCACCAAUGGGAAGAGAUCUUCCAUAUGACCUAUGACCUGGCCAGUGCAGUGAUGCGUAUCUUCAACCUGAUUGGUAUGAUGUUGCUGCUGUGUCACUGGGAUGGCUGUUUGCAGUUCCUGGUUCCCAUGCUGCAGGAUUUCCCCCAGGACUGCUGGGUCUCCCUUAACAAGAUGGUGAACGACUCGUGGAGCGAGCUGUACUCCUUUGCCCUGUUCAAAGCCAUGAGUCACAUGCUGUGUAUCGGUUACGGGCGCCAAGCCCCAGAGAGCAUGUCUGAUAUCUGGUUGACCAUGCUCAGUAUGAUCGUGGGCGCCACCUGCUACGCCAUGUUCAUCGGCCACGCCACCGCCCUCAUCCAGUCCCUGGACUCAUCCCGGCGCCAGUACCAGGAGAAGUACAAACAAGUGGAGCAGUACAUGUCUUUCCACAAACUGCCAGCUGACUUCCGACAGAAAAUCCAUGACUACUACGAGCACAGAUACCAGGGCAAGAUGUUUGAUGAGGAGAGCAUCCUGGAGGAGCUUAAUGAACCACUGCGGGAGGAAAUUGUCAACUUCAACUGCCGUAAGCUGGUGGCGUCCAUGCCCCUGUUUGCCAACACCGACCCCAACUUUGUGACGGCCAUGUUGACUAAGCUCCGCUUUGAGGUCUUCCAGCCUGGAGAUUAUAUCAUCAGGGAGGGCACCAUUGGCAAGAAGAUGUACUUCACCCAACACGGUGUGACCAGUGUCCUGACCAAAGGAACCAUGGGCAUGAAGCUCUCAGAUGGAUCCUAUUUUGGAGAGAUCUGUCUGUUGACCCGAGGCAGACGGACGGCCAGUGUGCGAGCGGACACGUACUGCCGUCUCUACUCCCUGUCUGUGGAUAACUUUAAUGAGGUGCUGGAGGAGUACCCCAUGAUGAGACGAGCCUUCGAGACUGUGGCCAUCGACCGACUGGACCGGAUAGGGAAGAAGAACUCGAUCCUAAUGCACAAGGUUCAGCAUGACCUCAAUUCGGGCGUCUUCAACAACCGGGAGAACGAGAUGAUCCAGGAGAUUGUGAAAUAUGACCGUGAGAUGGUGCAGCAGGUGGACCUGCAUAAGCCCCAUGCCAUGUCCAUGUCCAACCCACUCACACAUGGCGGCAUCUUCGCCCCCCCUGGCCCUCCCCAGAGCUCAGCCAUCGCCACUCUCCAGCAGGCUGUGGCCAUGAGCUUCUGUCCCCCCAUGGUAGGUCCUCUGGCAGGGGGUGGGGGCCUGCAGUCCCCCCGGAUGGUGCGGAGGUUCAAGGUGAUGCAGAGUGUAUCCAGCCCUGUGCCAGCCUCCCCUCCCCCCCAGACCCAGCAGACCAUGCAUCCCCAGCUGCACACCAGUGGUGCAUUCGUCACGGCCCUCUCCAGCCCCCCCAUCCAGAGCCCCUUACCGGCUGGGGGACGGACAUUCCAGUACAGACAUCCCUCUUCUGGCUCCCAGCUCUCCCUGGUCCAGCAAGUUGUGCCCAGCCCCACACACAGGCCCAACACCCAUAACAGCACCCGGUCUCUGCACAUGGGCAGUCUGGGUCAGAAUGCCAGGGCACUGUCCGCCUCUCAGCCCUCCCUGCCCCAGGGAGGGGCUCAUCCCGUGGCUCCCUGUCCAUCACAGUCCACCCGUGUCUCCUCCACCUCCAUCGGGCCCUCUCAGACCCCCUCGGGCCAUGCAGGGGUCAGGAGCGCUAUGACUCAUAGGAUGGUGCUUCCCCACCAGAUGUCUGCGGGGGCGUUCCCUCUAGCCUCCCUCCCGGGGACUGUUACAUCGCUGGGGAUGGGCAUGGGGAUGGGGAUGGGCAUGGGGGUGGGCAUGGGAGUGGGCAUAGGGGCAGGCUUGGCACCAGCCCUGCUGGACUCAGGAUUACCCAAGAGGGAUUCUAUAGCCAGCCUCCCUGAGACAGACCGUGCCAGAUCGAGGCUCUCUUCCAAUUUGUGACCUUUAUUCCUGUAGAGCCAGUGCUUUUUGGUUGUGGGAACUCUAAAGGUUUCUUCCUUCUACACUAUAAUUCUCCCUGUCUCGCGGGGCUAAAUCUGACUUAAAGAAUGUAUGCUGUGUGAUUGGUGAUGACAGGGAGAGAGAGACAGGAGCUGAUGGAAAAUGUAUGACUAACAAUAUGAAGUCUGUAUACAGAGUUAUUGUCAUAGGUGGGAUGUUUCUACUCCAUCCACAGACAGAUACCGACCGUACGUAAUGGUAGCACCUUCUCCCCACAUCUCUUCUCCUUUAUUUGCUGUGUUUACUGUAACCAUAUUCAACAUACAUAACGUCUGUCACCCACUAUCUAUAUACUCCCAACAAUACAAACUGUCUGGGACAAGAAGAAAAUCUGGGACCUGCUUCAGAUGACAACGAUGACGUCCACACUUUGCAGAAGUGUUCUGGGAUUUCCUCUUUUGUCUAUGGACCGGCUUUAGCACAAGUUCUACUCAUGCCACUGUAAUAUUGUUUCAGAAAACAAGAUAAUGCUAAAUGUUUUUUUUUUCACAUCACAUUUUAAAUGAAUGCAUUCAAAGGCUAUAAAGGGAAUUGUUUGCCAUUUGUAUUUUAUUCCAGUUGGGCUUCUACAAACACAAUAUGGCCUGGGAUUAGUAAUAUAUCACUGAAGAAAAUAAAACUAUGAUUGUAACAUUUGAAGCCAUGUCCUCGUCCAUAAGUGUGUGUAUGGGUAUAAGUAUGACUAUGAGUGUCUUCAUAAGGAAUUAAUAUAAUAUAUAGCUCAUCCCCCCUCUCUCAAAUGGUCUUUGCAGAAGAUGGUGUAGGUAUGUUUAAUUUUUUUGCUAUGGAAUCUACCGUAUCAUACAUGACAUUCCAUUCUGACUUUGCCUUUUCAAAACACUACAGCUUGGGAUCAAGUGAUACAGUUUCAAUGAGGUCAUCCGUCCCCAUAGGAUGAUGCAUAUGCAUGUUGAUAUGGGUUAUGAGUCACAUGAAUAUCAACAUACUGUAAAUCAACAUACUGUAUUUCAAUAAACCCUGAUGGAAUUUCAUAUCAGGUUAUUUGCAUAGUUAAGUUUAGAAUAGGCAGUUCAUAGUUUUGCUUUCCUUAAAAGAUAUCCAAGAUAAUAGUCUGGCUGAAGUUCUGAAUGCACUUUGCAGCGUAAUUGACGAUGCUAAUAUCCGGACAGAGCAUGUCCAGGCAGAGACUGAUUCCUCGUGGUUAGAUUGCAUACAUAAUUCCAUUUAAUGAAUACAUUAAACUUUUCAUUGAUACAUUUCAUCUCAUCUGUAUUGUCCAUCCAUUAUAAGACUUUUUUUAGAUUAAUAGAAAUUCUAAACAAAUCUAUUUUUUCCCCCCCCUUUCCACUCAAAGUACAUACAGUAAUAUAACAUCUCAUUAAGGUAGACUGGGUGUUCAAUGUGCAUAAUGCUUCUGCAAUGCUCCCAACUAAAUGCUCCCAUUCCAUUCUAAUCUGUAGCAAGGGCAGCGCAGACAUUUUGGAGGGUGCAUUGUGAUGUGUUUCCUACCGCAAGUGUUGCCACUAAAUGUGUUUAUCGGCCUCAGCGGCCUCCGCUGAUUAGUGUCCAAAAGCAUUAGAGGAAGAGGCUUUCCAAGCUCCAAUAUCCAAUUUAUCUGCAUCUCAAUCAUCCCCCCCUUCCCCCGCCAUUACUAUGUAAUGAGGGAGAAGAUUGGACCCCCCCAGGCCCCAUUUAUUUUUGACUGUUAUUACUUUCCUUCAAUUGUGUUUCGUCAUGAGUUUUACUGUAUCAUUCAACUUGAGGGUGGUGAAAGACAGUAGUACAAGGUUGUGGGUUUGGAAAGAAUUCGUUGCUAGCAAUGAUGCCCAGUGAAACUUCUUUGGGAACUUUCAUGUGCUUUAAGGGGAAGUACAGUGCCUUCAGAAAGUAUUCAUACUCCUUGACUCAUUCAACAUUUU